CUCUCGGGAGGCUGGACGCAGCCACACGUUGUGGUGAACAAGGGUAAAAUCGGUGUGCCUUCUCCUUACUCUUUCGUUUCGCUCUUAAAUUUUUUUCUUGCGAUUUUUCGUUUCAAACGCUAGUCACCCCCCUCUAGUGUUGGGAAUAUUAUUUAACAAUUGGUAUCGGAGCCUAAGUCUCUUCCAGACUUAACUAUUUGAGAGGAAUAAGAUCAUGGGCUCUUCGUCUAGAAAUUUGUACGCACGUAUAGGUGAAGGUCAAUCUACCUCAAGCCCACCACCUUUUGAUGGCACCAACUACACAUAUUGGAAGGAACAGGUGAGAAUCUAUAUCCGUUCCACCAACAUCCAAUUGUGGUUGGUUAUCAAGAAUGAUGAAGAGGUACCUAUGAAAAAGGUAGGAGAAACCACGGUCCCCAAGACCAAAGAUGAAUUUGAUGUCGAAGACAUCAAAAAGGUCGAAAACUAUGCAAAGGCCAUAAACAUGUUCUAUUGUGCCGCAAAUCCCGGUGACUACAGGAAGAUCUCUUACUGCUCCACCGCCAAAGAGAUGAAAAAGGGGAUAGCGAUCAAAGCCACCAAGGAACCGGUGGAAGGAGAAUCAAGCGAUGAAGAUAACGAGUUCGGGCUUGCUAUCAAAAAGUUCCAUAAAUUCAUGAGGAAAGAAUUUAAGCACAAAGGGAAGAAGCACGAUGGUCCCUCGAAGUGCUAUGGGUGUGGCGAGAUUGGCCAUAUCAAGCCAAUGUGUCCAAAAGCCCAGAAAGGCAAGGACAAACAUGGGUUCAAGAAGCAACGAGCCUACAUUUCGUGGGGUGGUGAUUCCGGUGAUAAAUCAACAGACGAAGAGGAAGAUGAGGCCGCAAACCUUUGCCUUAUGGCACAUGAAGAAACAAGCGACGACGUGCAAGAGGUCAUUGAUUUCGAUUUCGGAUUCCACCAGGAAGAUGAACAAUUGAGAGAGGAGUGAUCGUUUCAAUUUUGGGUUUAGAGCUUCAAAGGGUGAGCAUGGUACGGUAUGGUACGGUAUUUAGCCCGUACCGAUACCGUACCAAAUAUUUCGGUUCGGUAUGGGAUUUUACACCGUACCGAUCCCGAUCCCGACAUAUCGGUUCGGUAUGGUUCGGGAUGGUUCGGUAUCGGUUUCGGUACAAAUCGGGAUGAAUAUACAUACCUACUUUAC